UUUGCCGUGCAGAAUUGUCUCUCGUGUACUAGGUUAGCCAAGAUGGCAGCUCAAGUCCCCACUGAAGCUCUCAAGGAGCUCAACGUGGCCGAUGGCUCUCAGAAGCCCGGCGCGAACGCACAAUCAAACACCGACGCUGCCGGCGACGACCACGGCGGCGAUGAUUCCGAAGACGAAGCCGAUGGUGCCGCCCCCGCCGAAGGAGCCGCCAAGAAAAAGAAGAAGAGAAAGCCCAAGAAGAAGAAGAAGAACCCUACCAGCCAGAGCGACCCUCCUCGAGUCCAGGUCAGCCAGCUGUUCCCCAACAAAUCCUACCCUCCCGGCGAGGAGGUCGAGUACAAGGACGAGAACAACUACCGUACCACCGACGAGGAGAAGCGCCAUCUCGAUAACCUUAACGCCGACUUCCUUGCCGAUUACCGCGAGGCUGCCGAGAUUCAUCGCCAGGUGCGCCAAUGGACUCAGAAGAACGUCAAGCCCGGACAGACCUUGACCUCGAUCGCCGAGGGUAUUGAGGAUGGUGUUCGUGCUCUCACUGGACACUCUGGACUCGAGGAGGGUGACAGUCUCAAGGCUGGUAUGGGUUUCCCCUGCGGUCUUAGUCUCAACCACUGCGCCGCGCAUUACACCCCUAACGCCGGUAACAAGAUGGUUCUGCAGCAGCAGGACGUCAUGAAGGUCGAUUUCGGUGUCCAUGUCAACGGCCGUAUUGUCGACUCUGCCUUUACUAUGUCCUUCGACAACAAGUACGACAACCUCCUCCAGGCCGUCAAGGAGGCGACCAACGCCGGUAUCCGCGAGGCUGGCAUUGACGCCCGCGUCGGCGAGAUUGGAGGUGUUAUUCAGGAGACCAUGGAGAGUUUCGAGGUUGAGAUCGACGGAACCACAUACCCCGUCAAGAGUAUCCGCAACCUCACAGGACACAAUAUUCUCCCCUACAGCAUCCACGGCACCAAGGCCGUGCCCAUCGUCAAGAGCAACGACCAGACCAAGAUGGAAGAGGGCGACGUUUUUGCCAUUGAGACCUUUGGCAGUACCGGCAACGGAUACGUCCGGGACGAUAUGGAGACGUCGCACUACGCGAAGCGAGGAGACUCCUCGCACGUUGAUCUGCGCUUGAGCUCUGCCAAGUCGCUUCUCAACGUGAUUAACAAGAACUUUGGCACCCUGCCGUUCUGCCGCCGAUACCUGGACCGUAUUGGUCAGGACAAGUACCUGCUUGGACUUAACAACCUGGUCAACGCUGGUAUUGUCGAAGCGUACCCACCCUUGUGUGACAAGAAGGGCUCGUACACCGCUCAGUUUGAGCAUACCAUUCUGAUCCGACCCACCGUGAAGGAGGUCAUCAGCCGUGGAGACGACUACUAAACAAUAUGACGAGAAAGAAAGAUGUGGAAUUACAUAGUGGCUAUGAGAUGGAUUCUGAAAUACGACUCUCCUCUUUCUAUGUAGACUAUGUAACUGGAUUAGGCUCAAAAUGAUUUACGUUGAAGUAUAGAUGAAAUGCGUCUUGCGUUGUCUUUUAUGCAAAUGAGACACUGAUGCAUUCGAUAGGUUCAGGUUGAUUGUUGGCAUGGUGUAACCAACCAUGCAAGUUAUGCGUUGUUAUGUGUGCGUAGUUGUGACUCUUGGUGCAUGGAAGCAACAUCACCUUCUGAGAUGAAGAUGGCUGCAAGAUUCCG